UUGGUUCCCUUUGAAAAUUUUCAGUCUUACACGCUGGUGUUCCAUUUUGGACCCAAUGAAUAUUUCACGCAAACCGAAUUGAAGAAGUGGUACGAACUUCAGGUUCAUCCUAAACCGGAUGAGAUAUUUGAUUAUGACGGCCCGCUUGUGAUUAAUACUAAAGGUACACAGAUUGACUGGAAGGAUGGCAAAAACGUUACAAAGAAGGUUAUCAAGAAAAAACAGAGGAGAGGCACAAGUGGCGCUAGCCGAUUUGUCACCAAAGUUAUUAAAGUGGAUUCGUUUUUCAACUUCUUUGAUCCGCCAAAAGUGAAGGAUAAAAAUGAAAUUAACGAGGAUGACGAUACAGCUGAUCAGGAAUUGUUGCAAGCUGAUUUUGAAAUAGGUCAACUUUUCCGCGACCAAAUUGUACCGAGAGCAGUGCUGUUUUACACUGGCGAAUCAACCGCGGAUAAUGAUAUUUUCGAUGAGUACGAUGAUAUGGAAGAGUAUGAUGAAGAUGAGGUAUUCAAGUUGCAUUUUUUACUUUAG